AUGCUCUUCUCUAGCUCUCCUCUCGUUUUCACCGUCGGCCUCGCAAGUCAGGUCGUCUUUUCCGCCGUGCCACCACCACCAGCACCUGAACCCAUCAGUAUCACCGAAUUGCCUUUGCCACCAGUUGCCAUCGACAAAUGUACCAUAGAGCUCAGUCCGAAUGGCACUGGCUGUAUCUCUCAAGGCAAAUAUGGUGCUGGAUUUCAGGCCGGAAGCUUCUUACCUGAUAGUAAACACAUUGUUGCCCACGUCACUUAUAGCGGUGCCCCGGACGCACCCGACCCAGCCAGUAUCUUCACAGGGGAACAGAUCAUUCUGAUCAAGACAGAUGGCAGUUCCUUUUCCAAUGGUGCGCCGUGGAAGUGUCUCACCUGCGGUGUACCCGCAGAGAAUGCUCAGGGGCUUUCGAAUACCUUUGAUUAUCCCAACUCAUUCAUGGACGGUCGUCGUAUACUCUUCGGCACCAACAUUCUGGAUUGCGGCGAGAACGACCUUACAAGCGAUGAUUGUACCCCGGAGACUACCUACAUCUAUCCUAUCCGGUGGAACACCUCGCCGGAUGGCUCGGGAGUAGGCGGGAGCAUUCGGGAAUUGCGACUACAUCCAGACGAUGUUCAUCUCGGCUUCAGCUCUUUCCGCGUCGACGGACACUCCUUAGGCCAGGAUAGCUACUUCUCUCGCCUUGCCUUCAAUCCCAGUCCAACAACAGGCGAACCUUUAGUCCCACGCUACGAUCUAGAAAGCGUCACGAGGCUAUCCAACCCCAAGAAUCCUCCACCUUUUGUGGCAGACGGCGACAAAUUGUCGUGGAAUCCACUGACCAACUAUGUCGGCGAGUUACGUGGCUUCAGCGGCCGCGGGGACGAGGUCACAUAUAUCGGAACCUCGGUCGAGUCGUGCAAUGUGGAUGUUUUUGCCGUCAAGCUAGAUAGUGGCGAGGUACGCCGCCUAACUUCCGACCCAGAGUACGUCGAUCCGGUCGAUAUUUCCCCAGAUAACGAGUGGACGGUCGUCAUGGACACCCGUCGCACCGAUCGACAGAUGUUCAUGGCCGGUAUGCGUGGUGUCCCGUCACUGAUUGAUUUGAUUGCAACCUCCGUCGCUUCUACCACACGCAAUAACUUCCAGAGACGAUUCUUUCAGCCCUGGCUCAUCGACCGCUAUGGCGACCGAGGAGAUUACUAUGGCCAGAAGAUCAAUGACGAGGGCUCUGGCGUCCCAGGAAGCGCUGAUAUCAACGACCCUGAGUGGAACGGGCGAGCAGACCCAAAGUGGUCACCCGACGGAACGAAGAUUGCAUACUGGCAAGAUCUAACGGCGUCUCCAGCCUGUGGCGGGGAGAACCCACUACCCUGCUAUGACUCGCCAUAUCAGGGAGGUCGCCACGUUCGCUUCAUGGUCGCAGAACUCACCAGUCGUGAGCCCAAAGAUCUUGCUAGGGUAGACCCUGUCUCGGAUACGGUAGCAUGGGGCACACCAUAUGUUCCCGGCGAAGAUGCACCCUCGAUUCCACGUCCAGCUGAGGGGAAAUAUACCCCGUACGGUUCCGAGGCCGGUCAUGCGAACGUCACCAUCGUUGAUAAUGCCGAUGUGGCUACAAUCAAGAGCGUGGCGGUCAAUUAUCAAGACUAUUCUGAUGAUGGCUUAACCUUCUUGAACGGGUAUGAGAACUUCACUCGUAUAAACCCUUCUGUAACUGUUGAGAAUGCCAUCUGGUUCUCUGAUAUUGUACAAACCGGUAGCGUCAAUGCUACCAAAAAGACGAGCGCUGAUGGUUUUCGCCUCACCAUUGACGUCUUAGUCAACGUGUUGGAGGCAGAGGGGACGCUGACUACAACAAUUGGCGGAAAGGUAUACGAGCAACCGGCCAAUCGCACAUAA